AUGUCUGAGAAAACUAGCACGGAAAAGCCUCCAGAGAGCCCAACUACGGCGCGUGAGCUCGACUUCGACGAUGAUAACGAUGGCCCGGCAUCUGCGACCCAAGACAAUGCUACUUCACCCUCACCAGCCUCCAAGUCGCCCAAGCCCGGCGUGCGCUUCAACGAGGAAGCCACAGAGAUUCCACCCCAGAAGCCCCCGCGACCAGUCGACCCCCAGGUGCAGGCGCAGAACACGCUGAUUGAGGCUUUCCCCGACGUCGACUCUAAUGUCGUCAAGGCGGUUCUGGUCGCCAGCGGAGGCAAGGUUGAGCCUGCCUUCAACGCGCUGCUGAGCAUGUCGGAUCCCAACUUCAAGGCCGAGGAGGCUCCUCCGCCCCAACCGCCACGCCCACAACCCCGUAGUCAGCUCGAGCAGGACGAAAUAUAUGCGCGACAACUGGCUCAGCACUACCAAAGUCAAGGUGGUCCAGAGGGCCAGGGCGGUUAUGGAUCGCGUGGCCAGGGGCAGCGACAACGGCCUGGUGAGCCCGAGCGGGAGCACAGCUUCUUCGAUGACGACCUCCCUGAGAUUCGCAAGAACAUCGAGCAGGGCUUCGAGGAAACAAAGCAAACCGUCACAAAGUGGAUCAGUAACUUCACGAAGAAACUCGACAGCGGCGAGAUGGAAGAGUACGACAGGUACGGCAACGUCCAGUACACGGGAAGGCAACCACCACCACAGCAGAGGCAGAACUUCGGCCCAUCGCAGUCAGACCAGAUGCAUGGCAUUCGCAAGUCAGCGGAGCAGCGACGGUCGGCAGACCACAACCGCUACGAUGCUGACAACCGGGUCAUUGGCGACGACUUCGCAAAGCUCGAGUUGAGAGACAACGAGGGCCCUGGCCCGCGAUCGUCAAGUCGCCCGCACGCCAACCCCGACCUCUUCAAGCCCACGCCCGUCUCUCCGCCCCAGAGCGGACCCGUUGACGAGGUCGAUGCGCUGUACCGCAACCCAUCGCCGAACAACCAGGGCAGCCAGGGUAAAUCGAGCGGCAAGAAAUGGCAGCCUCUCACCUCAGUCGCACCAAACCCAGAGCCCGAUGACCACGACCCCUUUAGCCUUGGCGACAGCGACGAUGAGGAGAAGGACGUCAAGAAGCAGGACACAAACCCUGAAGAUACCGAGCGGCUAAAGAACGCUGCUCAAAAUAGCGAGGGCCCAGCCUCCGGCAAGCUCAAGCCUGCGGAACGAAGUGGCAGCGUCAGUCAGAAGGACGCUACCAUGGAGGCAUUAUUGAAGGAGGCCAAAUAA